AUGUCUCAUAAUCCUAUUCCUUCGCUUAAACUCAAAGACAAAGUAGCCAUUGUUACCGGUGGUGCCUCAGGAUUUGGUUUAGGCAUUGUGCACAAGUUUCUCGAAGAGGGAGCACAUGUUGUCAUUCUGGACCUGCCAUCUUCUUCAGGCUCUUCAAUUGAGUCUGAGUUAAAACCAAAUGUCAAGUUUGUUGCUGGUGAUGUUACAUCUUUGGAAGAUUGGCAACGGACACUUGCAGAAUCUUUAGCAACAUUUGGUCGCUUAGAUGUGGUGGUCAAUAAUGCUGGCGCAUGCUACACAAACAAGCCUACGCUAACAGUGACAUCGGCGGAAUUCGAUAAAGUCUUUAAUAUUAACGUCAAAGGUGUAUUCUUAUCAACGCAAGUUGUAUUACCACACUUUUUGAACUCUGGAGGUGGUUCAUUUAUCCAAAUCUCAUCUACAGCAGCUCUUCGACCACGUCCAAAUCUUACAUGGUACAAUGCCACGAAGGGGGCUGUUUCAAUUGCUUCAAAAUCUAUGGCAGUAGAAUACGGGCCUCAGAAUGUUCGUUUUAAUUGUAUCUGUCCAGUAGCUGGAGAUACACCGUUACUUAAAACCUUUAUGGGUGAAGAUACACCGGAGCGUCGUGCUCAGUUUAUUGCAACUAUUCCUCUUCAACGGUUUUCGCAACCUAGCGAUAUUGCAAAUGCGGUAGCCUUCCUUGCUAGUGAUGAUGCCAAGUUUAUAACUGGUGUAGAUCUUGAAGUGGACGGAGGAAGAUGCGUAUAA